AUGGCAGCCAUGCUCAUCACAAGAACUGCUCUCUUCCGUUUCUCAAAGUCCUUUCCUCAGGCAGUCUUCCUCAGAUCUUCCCACAAACCCUCCAGAGUCGCCUUUGCCUCUGCUUCUUCCAAUAACUAUUCACACGGUAAGAGAUGGAGCAGAAGAAGCAAAGAGAGAGGUAAAGAGUACGCACAUGAAGCUAAGGAGAAGACGAAGGACAUGGCUGAGAGAACCAAACAGUACGCUCAUGAAACUAAAGAAGAUGCCGAGGAUGCUGCAGAGACCAUGGCGGAUAGAGUCAGAGAAGGAACAAACAAAGCUUCAGAGAGAGCAAGAGACUACGCUUACGACGCAAAGGACACUGCGAAGGACGCGGCAGAUACUGUGGCUGAUAAGACGAAGGAAGUGGCUCAUAAGGCGGCGGAUACAGCCGGGUAUAUGAAAGAAAGAACGAAGGAGAAUGUGUCGGGAGCGGCGGAGAAGACAGCGGAUACGGCAAAGUCAGCGACGGAGAAGACGGCGGACGCUAUGAAGUAUGUGGGAGAUAAGGCGAAAGAAACGGCAGGAGCGUGGGGGGCGGCGAAGGACACGACGCAGAAGAUUAAGGAGACGGUGGUUGGGAAGGAUGAGAGCGACGACAACGACGACUAUAAAGGCGGCCGUGGUGGGUGGAAGAAGGCGAGGCCCUGGAUGAGGAUGUUUGUGGAACUGAGGAGACAAGCUGGGAAAGGACACGAUGCAAGGAGGGUUAUUAGCCAAUGA